CACGAAAGAUGGAGGAAGACGUUGGCUCAUUUUUCUCCAGAAUUGCCUCUGCUAUAUUCUAUGGCGUGGCAUCCUUUAUGAUAAUUGUUGCCAACAAAUUAACGCUGACAUCUUACGGCUUUCCAUCUUUCCAGUUCUUGGCUCUUGGUCAGAUGACCACUGGCAUUGUGAUUCUACUCUUAGCAAAACUACUUGGUUUAGUGGAAUUUCCUGGAUUUUCUUUUGGAAUAUUUGUUAAAAUAUGGCCAUUACCUAUAAUUUUUAUUGGCAACUUAUUGUUUGGUUUAGGUGGAACCAAGAAACUAAAUUUACCAAUGUUUACAAUUCUAAGAAGAUUUGCCAUUCUCUUUACAAUGAUUGCAGAAUAUUAUGUGUUAAAUGUAAAGGCACCAAGAGUGGUACAGUUUACAGUUUUUCUGAUGAUAUUUGGUGCAAUAGUUGCUGCCAGUGAUGACCUGACCUUUGACCUCACUGGUUACAUCAUGAUUUUACUCAAUGAUGUCUGUACAGCGGCCAAUGGAGUGUACACCAAGAAAAAACUGGAAGCAAAGGAUCUUGGGAAGUAUGGAUUAUUAUUCUAUAAUUCCCUCUUCAUGAUUUUACCAGUGUUUGCUUUUGCUUUGUAUAAUGGAGAAAUUGAAAAAGGUCUGGCUUAUAAAGACUGGGGGAAUCCAUGGUUUCUGCUACAGUUCUUAUUAUCCUGUACUCUUGGGUUUAUCCUGAACUACGCCAUUGUUCUUUGCACACAUCACAAUUCUGCACUCACCACAAAUAUUGUUGGUGUUUUAAAGAACCUUUUGGUCACAUACAUAGGAAUGUUUUUAGGUGGAGACUAUCAUUUUAGAUGGAUUAAUUUCAUUGGUGUAAAUAUAAGUGUGGCUGGGAGUGUGAUAUACAGUUAUGUGACCUUCAGAAAACCACCCACUGGAACAAUAGAAAUCAAAAAACCAGAAAAACCUGUACAAACAGUAUAGUAGCUUGAGGCUAUUUCUUACGUAUACCUAAUGCAUUUAUGUGAGGGUUGAUCCAAUGUCACUAGCCCUAUAUAUUCUUUGAUAAUGGAAGUCAUCAAUAAAAUUUUACAUACUUAUACCUCUAUCCAUUUUAAAUGUUGCCUCAAUUUUUCGUUCAGUUAGAUAUAAUUUAAUACUUUUUAAAAUAGUUUCAUCUGUCAUCAUAACAUUACUGACGUCUUUUAACGUUUUACCCCGGUACUUUUCGGCACUCAUUUUCAGCUCAUCCACAAAUCUAUUACUGGUAAAUCUUUUACAUGCUUCUUAAUUUUCAUCCUUUUUAAUUAAUUUUCUGUUGUCCUGCUAUAGAGUGUCUCACUUGAUUGUUUUUAAUUAUUUGAGCUGUCCGUAGUUCAUUUCCAUAUCCAUAUCGUGUGUACAUGUAGUUUUCGUAUAUAGUAGGAUUGAAGAGACUAUGACAUUAGAGGAUGGUUGAUUAUCCGUUCACUUUCUUCUUCUGUUGCAAUUUUUGAAAAAGUUGAUGACCUGAGUAAAUAUCGAGACAUGAUGCCAGACUCUUUUACUACAAAUUAGGAGAAUAACUUUAUAAAGAUAUAAAAGUUGCAUGAAAUACUUUUGUAAAUUGAAGUCGUAGAAAUAUAGAGGGAUGGGAGGGAGAAGGAUUUGAUAACUUCUAACGUCACUUAGUUUUGAAAGUUGGUGUUGUAGAUUAAAUGAAACAUUUGUAACAGAGAUUUGAAAGAUUUGUAAAUGUACCAAAACUUAGUGACAAAAAGUAACAUCUAAAAGAUGUUGGUAAUGUGUCAGGCAGCAAUAAUCAAUACCUGACAUUAUGUUUAUCUGAAUAUUUUAAAAAGUAUGACCAUAUAUCUGAAUGAAAUUUUUAGGCAACAGGCAAAAUAAGUAGAGGUACACGUACACAAAAUUUUGUUGAAAUUUUUCAACUAUUUAAGAUUUUAUAGCAGGUUACGACAUUGCUUUUGGAUCAGCCAUUGUACAACUGUUCACUGAGGAGGCAGGGUUGAUAGUUUACGUAUCUUGUGUACAAUAGGAAAUUCAUAUUAACAAGUAGAUAACCAUAACAAAAAAUAUCCAAGCUGUAAUAUACAUGUGCAUACACGUGCAUACACCUGUUAACUUAAAGUCUUAAGAAAUUCAAUUACUAUCAAAGCCUGUAAAAUCAUAAUUUCUAGCUUUCAAGGAAUUAUAAGAUUUGUAAAAUUGCUUUGCAUUGAAACUAUAUAUACAUUAGUAGUGCAUCAUAAUAAAAACUACAUGUGUAGAGAAAGAUUUACAUGCAUAGUAUGCAAGAUACCAAUAUUCAACUGCUUCCUUAAUAUGUAAGAUAUUUAAAUGAUUUAUACAAGAGUCUCUAUUUUGAAAUCCAAUUUUUUCUACAAGUUAUUGUAGCUAAUUCGACUUGCCAAGUACUUUAACACAAUUUGCCUGUCAUUCUGGCUACUGCAGAUCACCAAAAUUUGGCGACACCUUAUUUUCAUGAGAUGCUGUACAUUACUUAUUUUACGCAAGUACUUAACAUGAAAUGUUUCAUAGUCACCAAAAAGCAAGAACAUGAAUUUGAGAGUAGACUUUUUAUUAAGACAUUACAUGUAUUUUAACAAUAUGAAAAUAAAAGAGAAGAGUUUUUUUUUUGUGGGUGGUGCUUCAAAUUAAGUGAUAAAUUCAAUAAUAAAUAAUUUGUAUUUAGGAAUCUACAGUAGUUAUUUGGUAUUCAUAAGUGAGACAAAAAUUUUCACAGGUUUUGUUAAUUGUUAUAUAUGAUCUUUAAUUGUACAAAUAUAUGCGAGAAUGAAAUUUUUGUAAGGAGAUAGUCUCACGUAAUGUUCUCAUGAAAAUAAAGAUCUUACGAAUAAAGAGUGAUUUGCAGUAUCCAAUUUAGUAACAUGUACAAUGUAUUAGUACAUGUAAACACACAGUUUAAAUACUUAUUAAUUAACCUAUAAAUUGAUUAUCAUUUGUGAUAUUAUUAUAAUUUCUGUUUAACAAGGUUCUUAUUUUCAAUGUUCAAAUACUUUGUUUAUGUUAUUUUUUAAAUGUUUCUAUAGUUAUGUUGUAUAUGUUAAGCAUAUACAUGUGGAUUUUUAUAUCGGUGUCAUUUGUUGUCUAUUUUCUUGUGCAGCCAGGCAAACAUUAAACCUAAGUGGGUAUUAUAAA